UGAAAUAGAGGGUAUUUUUUUGUAAUCUUUUUUAUGUACUCAUUCUGGCUGCAACUUCCCAUUUCUCCUGACAAUCGUCUUUGCACUCCUCCCCCUGACUGCACUUCUUGUUCCUCCCUCUCUCUCUCUUGAACCCCAAAAUCAGAAUUCUCUCUCUCUCUGCAAGAGUUCUCGCUCAUGGCUCUUCAAUCGCCGUUGCUCUUUCCCGUUCCUCAGCAUCUCUUCCACUCCUCCUCCACUGCCAUGUCCACCGCCAAUGCUUCGUCUACGAAGGCAGCGAGUUCAUUUCUCGCGUUCGCUAAUAAUAACAGUCAUAGUCUCUUGUUUGUUGAUUUUGUGGGGUUAUAUUCUAAAUCCAACCGAGAUAGAAGGAGAAUUGGCAUUCGUGUCUCUUCUUCUCCGUCGAUUGCGCGAACUAGUUUGUAUCGAUUUGUGAUUGGAAAUUCCUGUUCAUUUAGAGCAACUCUUGGUACUGAAUUAGUUCCUCAGCCUGAUUUGAAACCCAAGAUUAGGGUAAAUGAAGUAGCUUUAUCAUUGGGGUUUAUGUUUUCAAGUCGCAGAAUUUCUUUCUUGCAGAAGACAAUAGGGGUUACUAGCCUCACAGUGAAGGUAACAAGGCUUCCUCAUGCCAAGUGCUCUCACAAGCAAGGUGGGCAAUCAAAACCUAAUUUCAGAGCUGAUAAGAGUAGGAAAACUGUAAAGAAAGAUGGCAAUAGAGGACACAACUUGUGGAAAAAAAGAGAUCCAGCUAGAUCUGGGGAAAAGGCACUGAAUCUUGUUAGAAUUGUUUCUGAACUUCCUAAUGAAAAAGAGGCUGUCUAUGGAGCAUUAGAUAAAUGGACAGCUUGGGAGACAGAGUUUCCAUUGCUUGCAGUGGCUAAAGCUUUAAGAAUUUUGAGGAAGAGGAGUCAGUGGCUGCGUGUAAUUCAAGUAGCAAAGUGGAUGUUGAGCAAAGGUCAAGGAACCACAAUGGGAACAUAUGACACCCUUCUACUGGCAUUUGAUAUGGACAACAGAAUAGAUGAAGCCGAGUCAUUGUGGAACAUGAUUUUGCAUACGCAUACACGCUCCAUUUCAAAGCGCUUGUUUUCAAGGAUGAUCUCUUUGUAUGAUCACCAUAACAUGCCAGACGAGAUAAUAGAGGUAUUUGCAGACAUGGAAGAGUUGGGUGUGAGACCAGAUGAGGAUACUGUUAGAAGAUUGACUCAUGCCUUUAAGAUAUUAGGCCAAGAAGACAAGCAAAUGAUGGUUGUUAAAAAGUACAUGCGUAGAUGGAAGUAUAUACACUUUAAUGGUGAAAGGGUUAGAGUGAGAAGGGAGAUUUGAAAGGAUGCUUUUACCUUCAUUGUUUGAUAUAGUGAUGCAGCUCUUAGUUAAAUAAAUUAGUAUACAAGUACUUGUUUCGCCAUUUCUAAUUGUUUAUAAAUUCAUGUUUGAAAUGAUAAUUAACAUUAAAGUUUAAAAUAUGAUAAUUAAGUUGCAAAGUU